UGAAAAAGGGAAAGCCUUCCAGCAACCACGGCAGUCUGAGGCAGGCAUUCGGAAGUAGUGCUAGGUCUGGGGGACUUCUGUGAAACCAACACAAGGACCCAGGUGCAUCGUCUAACAGCUUGAGCGAAUAUUGCAGGACUCAAAUCUCACAUUUUAACUGGAUAUACAACGGCUUACACUUAAACCAUGGAACAUUAAGCUUACAGUUGCCUGCACUUUACCUCGGAACAACAGAAUUUUGCGAUCAUCUCUCUCUCUCUCUCUCUCUCUCUCUCUCUCUCUCUCUCUCUCUCUCUCUCUCUCUCUCUCUCUCUCUCUCUCUCUCUCUCUCUCUCUCUCUCUCUGGAAAGUGUAGAAUGCACCCUGCUUUCUGAUUAUCUUUUUAUCCCCGCAAUGAUCCCCGAGCAGCAGAGUCAUGUUGUUGCUACUAUUGAAAACAUUCCUGCUGAAAGCAUUACCGCUUCACCUACGGUGCUCCAGAGGAUAAGGAACAUCUUUAACAGGGAGCUGUUUCUGUCUCUGGCUCUGGGCCAGGUUCUGUCACUGCUGAUUUGUGGCAUCAGCCUGACGAGCAAGUACUUGGCAGAUGAUUUCCAAGCCAACACUCCUGUCUUUCAAAGUUUUCUUAACUAUAUCCUUCUGUUCCUGGUCUACACUACCACAUUAGCUGUGAGACAAGGAGAAGAGAACUUAUUGGUAAUAUUGAAAAGAAGAUGGUGGAAGUACAUGAUACUAAGCUUGGUAGAUAUAGAAGCCAAUUACCUGGUAAUCAAAGCUUACCAGUACACCACACUGACAAGUGUGCAGCUGCUAGAUUGCUUUGUUAUCCCUGUGGUGCUGUUACUGUCCUGGUUCUUCUUGCUGGUGAGGUACAAGGCAGUUCACUUCAUCGGAAUCGGAGUGUGUCUGCUGGGGAUUGGCUGCAUGGUGGGGGCUGACGUGCUGGCUGGAAGGCAGCAGGGGCUGGGAGAACACAAGCUCCUGGGAGACCUGUUGGUGUUGGGUGGAGCCACGCUGUACGGCAUCUCCAAUGUGUGCGAGGAGUUCAUUGUAAAGAACCUCAGUCGGGUGGAGUUUCUAGGAAUGAUUGGACUCUUUGGGUCUUUCUUCAGUGGCAUACAGCUAGCUAUAAUGGAACAUAAGGAACUGUUAAGGGUACCAUGGGAUUGGCAAAUAGGGUUACUGUAUAUUGGAUUCAGUGCCUGCAUGUUUGGCCUGUAUAGUUUCAUGCCAGUGGUCAUUAAGAGAACCAGUGCCACAGCUGUCAACCUCUCCCUUUUAACGGCAGACCUUUACAGUCUCUUCUGUGGAUUAUUCCUUUUCCAUUUCAAGUUUUCAGGUCUGUACCUGCUGUCCUUUUUUACCAUCAUCAUGGGGUUGAUAUUAUACACCUCCUCUUCAACCUACAUUGCCCAGGACCCUCGGGUCUACAAGCAGUUCCGCAACUCCUCAGGACCUGCGACAGACGCCCCCGCCACAGGGCCGCUGGAGCCAUCCGUCACUUACACCAGUCUGGGGCAGGAGACUGAAGAGGAGCCCCGCAUUCGAGUGGUCUGAGCUGGAAGGGGGGCAAGGGGGGACAAGGGGGCACUGCCAUUAUCAACUGAUCCACUCUCACUGUAUAUAGAGAAAGGAAAUCACUGGCUGAACACAAGGAAUGUAAAAAACAAGAAUAAAAAUGGAAAGAAUACACUGCAUUCAAACAUUGAUGAUUUUGCCACUUCUCUAUAAAAACAAGUUGAUGUCACUUGAAUUCUGUGCUUUUAAAGCAGCUUUUUAUAUUUUUUUGUAUUGGUUUUGAUUGGAAUUUAUGUAAUAUAUUUCAUACAGAUAAAGGCUGUUGGCAUUAGGAAACCUAAUUAGAAAAGGUGCCUGUUUUAGAACUGAGAACUGAAGCCACUGAAAUAAUAAUGUCAUGGUGAUAUAAUGUAUCUUCCGUUACAUACCAAAGGCAGGACCCCGUCUCUAGCAGCCUGUUUGCCAAAUUGUGAAAUUACUUUCUCUAAAUACAGUGUAACCUAAAAAUGUUCACCACUGUAUUGUUUCAUUUUAUUCUUCCAUGUUGUGUACAUUUUUAGUAUUUAUUUUCAAAUUCUUGUAGUGCUCCUUAGUUUUAUGUUGUUUAUUUCCACUCACUUUAGGUGUAUGUUGUUCUUUCAUGUGCACCCACAUUAGGUCAGGUCAUUGUGUUAAAUGGCAAUCGACAGUUUUUUUAUAAGAAAAAAAAGUUGAAAAAAAAGCCUCCUCUAAGGAACAGGUUUUAAAUGUUGAAUAAACACUGCAUAUUUUAUCAUUCCGGUUGUUUUUGCACAUUAAUGUUCCACAAUGCUUACCCAGUGUUGAGUUGUUUUUUUUUUGUUUUUUUUUGGUUUCUUAACCCCACAGCAGAUUUUGAUGCAUAAAUGAUUUGCAAGCGAUUGCACGAGUAUCCCAAGUAUCUGUCAGGGACACAUAGUGCUCCAUUUGCUGCUCCUUUAACAGUGAGACAGUGAGUAAGCACACAUUUUGAAUACUUCCAUUAGACACAGAUGGUAUGGGGCUGUAAAAAAAAAAAAAAAAAAAAAAACGAAA